GUUUAAAAUUUUCAUUCUUCUCAUGCAUGAUUUUAAGAAUAGAAUAUAAUUCUUUGAUAAUGAUCCAGAAGCUUUCUUGAAUACAUGUAGACACGAUAAAACUUUGAUUUAGGAAUAUCUUCUGAGGAUUUUUCUACAUGAUGUUAAUAAAAUGUGUUUUAUACUAUACAAUAAUCCUUGGUUCACAAUGUAUACUAUUUACGGGUACACGUACAUGUGCAUACAUUGUGAUUUAUAUUUAGUAAAGGGCAUUUCCAAUUGCAUGUGCAUAGCAAGAGGAUUGAUUUUAUGUGUAAUAUUUUCCCGUAUAUUUUCAAAAGAAAAUACUUUUUAACUCUAUUUAUUCUUUUAACAAGCAUAAAAUACAUUGAUGAACAUCCAGAGGGCUUUCUGCUUGAUCUUUUUAGAUCUUGUUCUACAGACUGUCAAGCUGGCGACGAUGGCGUUCCAGAAUUGUCCCGCUUCGAAGUUGACAAUUUCCUACACCAAAUGUCCAAGCACGCAUGAGGAGUGGAUGUUUGCAGUCAGACGAAAAAAUUGCUCAAGCAUUUCUCAAAACUGUACUAGUCCAGAAAAUUUCAGAUAUCAUUGUGUUUCAAACGCCUUUAUGAAUGAAACUAUUGAAGUGUGUGCUCCUGGAUUAUUUCUUUUAGGAUUUUGUCCAGAAUAUAACUUCCGCGGAGAACGAAUACAAGAUAACUAUAACGCUGACUGUAAACAAUUUGCAAAACCUUGCCCAAACAGAUACGAAUCUUGGAAGUCCUACAAAUUUUCAGAAUGUCUUAAUUUGAAGAACGCUUUUCACAGCAAAAUAUCUGCAUUAUCGAACAAAACUUCAGUUUUUGGUUCUGUCAGGAAAAAAAUUAAUAGUCACGAAUCAUUUUGUUGCAGUGAUGACAACUCUACAGUCUUGAUAACAUGCCUGGUUGGUUUACUCACAGUACUUAUAGUUUCAGCUUUUAUAUUCGUUUGUAUCUAUAGAAGAAAACGAAGAAAGCCAGAAAUAAAUUUCCACGAGGAAGAGGGGGUACUUUGUCAAGUCGGACCUAAAGAGAAUGCUUCUUAAUUACAGACUUUAGCUGAGAUUGGAAAUUGUUAAACUUUCAUUGAAAAGGCAUCUUAUCUAAUUUCAUAAUAUCAGUAUUGAUGACAAAAAAAUUAAAGAACCUAUUUUAUGGACAAUUAAUAUUUUAAAAGACGUGAACCACAUUUUUGAUAAAGAACAUUUAUGUCUU